AUGUCGGAAAAGGACAAAUCAAAAGGGAAUGUCCAAACAAAACACAUACCCAAAGAUGCUCAGGUAAUAAUGUCGAUCAUGAAAGAGGUCGGCAUUACUGAUUAUGAGCCUCGCGUCGUGAACCAGCUCCUGGAGUUCACUUUUCGCUACGUAACAUCAGUAUUAGAUGACGCGCGAGUUUUCGCCAACCACGCGAAGAAAAAGACCAUUGAUCUGGAUGACGUCAGGCUCGCUGCACAGAUGCAGUUGGAUAAAUCGUUUACCAGUCCACCGCCGAGGGAAGUGUUAUUGGAGUUAUCUAGAGUUAAGAAUGUUAAUCCAUUGCCCAUGAUAAAGCCACACUGCGGACUGAGGUUGCCACCAGACAGAUACUGUCUUUCUUCAUGCAACUAUCGCCUCAAAGCUGCUACUAAGAAAGUUGUUACCAAACCUGUAGUUCCACCUGUCCCAUCCCUCAAGACAGUGACCACAUCAAAACCAAUGACCAGCCAACAAAAUGUUGUGGUGAAGAGACCACCUGGUGCCAUUGUCAAUGUUAAUACACCUAAACUGACAGUUGUUCCAAAACCUGUUCUCAAAUUCACUUCUAGUAAGGUGGUGGCAAAACCUGCUGUCAGAGUUACUGCAGGUCCCUCAGCUCAGAUGCCCCUCAAAAUGGAAAUAGAUGAGCAAAUAUCACAAAAACGGAAGCGAGAGGACGACGACUACGAUCCCUGA